AUGGCGUCAUCCUUUGCCAGGUCAGCGGGUGAUUUCUCGGAUGGCUGUGGUGGCACGCCUGCCGCCUGGCCUGCACCCUCGACGGUGGGUGGUGGUGGACCACCUGCUCUCUCCCGUCUCCUCUGCCUCCUGGUUGACUGGCUGGCGCAGGCACCUGCUCUGGACGGUCGUGGCGAUCCCGUCACGUGCCCGACCUCACGAUCGCGGCUUCUCCCCCCAGCAGCGGGAUCCUCCCCCCUCGCGUGCCUCCCCUUCCGCCUCUCCCACCACGUGGCGCCACUGGUGGCCCAUCGGCGCCGCCGCCUCUCACCAGUGCUGGCCUUAAACCCCUGCCGGCCGGGACCUAGGGGGUUGUCGCAGCCGCUCGUCCCACUCCUGUCGGCCGGCCCCACACGAUUCAUCGGCCCCGCGUCGAGCUCCGUGUCUCACGGUGAGUCGCUUGCUGGACUGCCUGUGCCUGGUGGGAGCUGUUUAGGCCUGGGAGGGCUUGUACCGUCGCUUGUUGAGUUUGCCAUGACAACCGCUGCCCUUGCCCUUGCGGCGACUGCCCUUGUUGAGGCCAGCCCUGGAGGGGUCCCGGGCGACCAGGCGCAAGCGUUGAUCCGAGCCGCUGCGGUGCUGGUCGGGCGCGGAUCCUCACAGUCCUGUCGCGGGCGGCCGGCAGUCGUUUCGGCGCACACAGCGUCAGACGAAUCGCCCGCCGCCUCCUGGUCCUCAUGUUGCACCGCAGCGGCAGCAGGUCCCAACCUCGCCGCAGCAUCUCCUGCCCCCUCCGAGCCCCCAGGCGUCGUCUCAAGCGCAAACACCACUGUCACUGCUGCCGCCGCUGGGGACGGAGCCUGA